GAAAAUUGGAACUUGAACUUUAAGUUACAAUGGGAAUUAGAUCAAUUGCAUUGGUUGGUUAAGUCAACAUAUUGUUGGAUACGUUAAUUCAAUCAAUAAUAAGGUUAGAAGACUGAAUCAACUUAAAGUGAAAAAGUGCACUAGUUCGAUUAGAAAAGCUUAAAACAUUGUUUAAUUUCUUAUUUACCUUUGUUGCUAUUAGAAUGUACACUAGUCAGAAGUGAGAGUUUUAUGUGAAGUGGUAUUUACCUUAGACUACAGUGUUUUGGAGAUAUGGAAUUUAGAAUGUAUACACGUCUUACUUGAUAAUAGAGGAAUUCUUUUGGAUUGUAUUAGGAUCAAAUUGGCUCUAAUGGAAGAUUUAACUGAGGAUAUUUUACAGCUGAGUUAUAAUAAAAGUGGAGUUUAUUAAACGGAGGUAAGCUGGUAGGAAUGGGAUCUGGAGGUUCAAAAGGACAAUCUCCAAGAAAUGGGAAAACAAUCAAAAGUAGUGAUUCUGAGACAACUGACGAUUGGGGUGAAGAAACAGUGACAUGUACAAUAAAACCGGAUGAGAAAUCAAAAAAUAAUGUGUAUGACGAAGAAAGUGCGAAUGAGUUAGAAAAGGAUUUGGAUAGUGCAAUUAAUACAGAUUAUUCAAAAUCAACUAAACAGUCAAAUAGGGCUACAGAUAUAGCCCAACCUAAAGACAAUAUGGAAACUGAUGACAAGACUUCUCAAAAAAGCUGGGAUACUGAUGAGGAAGAGGAGAAAAUCCUCAUGGAAUACAACAAUAAAAAUUCAAAACUUUCUCAGGAGGAAUAUCCAGAGUCUUAUGCUCAAAAAAUUGCUAAACAGAAUUUAAAUCGGGAGAAUAUAAAUGAGCAGGAUUUAAUAUUAGGGUCAGAGAAACCAACUAGCCAAUGGGAUCGCAAUUCAGAGGAUUGGAAACUGGAAGAGAAUAUAAUCCAAGGCUUCGAUCCAAAUAAAUUCAAGGCUGCCAAUAAAAAGGAUGAUGAAUUCGGAUCAUAUGGAGGUAGUCCUGCAAAAACUUCCACUACAGUAGGUGCUUUAGAAGAUUCAAGUAAUACAAGGGGUGUAUCUGCAACUAAAAGUAAGAAGCCAUCCAUAAACUAUGAUAUCUCAGAAGAACAGCUCAUCGCAGACAUUGAAACAGAAUUUGAUUUAUGAUCAGACUUAGAAACACAGUUUGGUUUAUAAUCAAACCUAGAAACAGAGUGUAAUUUAUAAUCAGCUACAAACACAGUUCGAUUUGAAUUCACAUAGAAACACA